GGAUUUACAGGGUAGUACUACUUAUCUCCACUCGCUCGACAGGACGGCUCAGAUUUCAACGUUCAACACAGGCUUGAGCUGAAACAAUGGCUCGGCCUUUCGCUCUCAGUCGGCGGGAAAUUACACUCGUUCUUUUCUCUAUCAUGAUUUUUUUGGUCUUCUACAACUUCGAAGCGACUUCUGACUUCUUUACAAAUUCUAAUCUUCCUGGCAUAUCCUCAAAUCCCACCGUGGAUGGUAGUCUUGACAUGGACAUAUAUGGGGACUGGGUGUCCGACGACAGACGCAUAUCCAGCGUUCAUAAGCAGCAAGAAAAGGAAUAUGCCUCGGAAGGAGAUAUAUGGCUAAAGAGCGAACGUGUAUCUGAGGCACAGAAACAAGUCAUCUUCGGAAACAUCGGUGUUAACGAUGGCUUCAUGCACUGGGGCAAAGACAUACCUGAAACUCGAAUAGUGAAACACGUCGCUGGGUUCUCAAUCAUGGACAAUGUAAUCAUGUGCAAUGGCACAAUUUUCAUUGUGACGGAUUCUCCCUCAAGCUUCCCUUCGUUGGGUUCCAUUGCAUCGUCUGCUGGCAACUCGCAUGCGGCUCCGUUUCCAGUAGAAUGGGUCGUGUUGUCGAUUGAGCAAGCCAGAGACAUACUUGGUUCAUAUGGUGGAUUGAUUCAAGGCACGAGUUGGCUAUCUUAUGACGCUAUUCCGAGCAACUACACACUUUUCUCGCUCUGGAAGACCCACAGUUCCCUGAACACGUCAACGUCUCUGGACCCUUUCCGUCCGCCACGACGACUGUUUUUCCCAAACAUUCCUACUUAUAAAGGAAUACGACCCGACCUCAACGGUCCCAUCAUUAGACGUCAACGUUCAGACAGUGGUUUUCAUCCAUAUCUUCCCAAGGCCGCUUUUCCAUUGCUCGGUUUGAUGUAUCAAGAAGACUGGGAAGAUUAUGCUCUAAUGGAAACGCCUUUCGUUUUCGAGAGGAUGGUUGUUGCUGAUUUUGGUGCAGCUGCACGUUCAGCAAACGAUGUGCUUCCGUUCGCUCUCCCGCUUGUCGGCCUGGAUGCGUCAAAGGACUGGUGGGAGCCAAUCAGGCAGAAUCUCGCCAAGUUCUUGCAUGUAAACUACCAUACACAAAACCUCAACAGCGAACAGGAAAAAACGAUAGUCACUUACAUAUCUCGACAAGAUGCCAUAAACGGGUCAAGGUUGAGGAGUGCCGACCACAACGCGCUGGUCAGCGCUCUUGAAACGUUGCACGAAAGCAACGACUUCGAGGUCAACAUAGUCUCUUCAGAGGGACACUGGGCGGAACGAUUGACGGCCGUCGCCCAGUCUAAUGUCAUUCUGGGUGUUUACGGAGAUAGCCUCGCUGACAGCGUGUUCAUGAGACCAUCGGAACGCUCAGCUCUCAUGGAAUUUUUCCCCGCUGACGUCUUCACUCGCGACGCAGAAACAGCGGUCCGUUCCUUAGGCAUCCACUAUAUCGCUUGGUGGAAUGAUCGGCGGUUCGAAACCGACAGUCUUCCACCUGUUGCUCCAGGGAGUGACCCUGCUCAAGAAGUUCAGAUCGACCCUGCUGCAGUUGUGCAUGCCAUCCUGGAAGUGGUCACUCGCACGUAGAUAUAUCCGCGGUCGAACAUGUUAUCAUCUGCUAUCAUCAUCAUUGUCGAGUGCAUCACUGUGACUUCUAGACAAGCUGGAAAUGCUUCUGGUAAUUCUGUCUACUCGUUCGCUUACACAAUUACUCUUCACUUGCUUAAGAGGGCAGGUGGAGCUAGGACCCUUUUUUGGCUUUUCACGAACAACCUAUGGUACCAGCAGUAUAUGUCUGCACUGUAACUUAUUUACUCCCGAGGAACGCAAAGUAGUAUA